AAGGAAUCAUGAAGUACCUUCUCGUUGUCGGUGUCGUUGCCGUAUUGGUCGUCUCUGCCUUCGGAGCGUCCUCCGAGUCCGAGUCCGAGUCUGUGGAGCCUCCUCCGCAGCCCGAGCCAAAGGACAGGCACUAUACAGGCGUCAGAGGGAGACGAAGUCCUCAAGAAAUGCCUCCAAAUUGUCCUCCUCCACAUGGUCCACAUCCACGUGGUCCACCUCCACAUGGACCACCACCAGACGGAAUCCCCCCAUGUGGACCAUUCGGAGACACAGCUGACGCCGCUGACGCAGCGAUGAACACAACGUCCACAGCCGUGGACUCUCAGAUGAAAAACAAGAGGUCUGCCCAGGACCCUGGACAGGUUGCUAACCAGGCACGAGAUGCUGCAAUGCUUGCUGCUGGUGCAGCAAUGGAUGCUGCUGGUGCAGCAAUGGAUGCGGGUGGUGCAGCAAUGGAUGCGAGUGGUGCAGCAAUGGAUGCAAUGGCCAACACGUUCAUGAACCCUCAGAUGAAAAACAGAAGGUCUGCCCAGGAUCCUGGACAGGCUGGUAAUCAGGCAGGAGAUGCUGGUGGUGCAGCAAUGAAUGCAAUGUCCACCACGACCAUGAAUCCUCAGAUGAGAAGCAGAAGGUCUGCCCAGGACCCUGGACAGGCUGCUAACCAGGCACGAGAUGCUGUAAUGAAUGCUGCUGGUGCAGUAAAGGAUGCUGCAAUGAAUGCUGCUCAUGCAGCAAUGAAUGCGGGUGGUGCAGCAAUGGAUGCAAUGGCCAACACGUUCAUGAACCCUCAAAUGAGAAACAGAAGGUCUGCCCAGGACCCUGGACAAGCUGCUAACCAGGCUCGAGAUGCUGCAAUGAAUGCUGCUGGUGCAGCAAAGGAUGCUGCAAUGAAUGCUGCUGGUGUAGCAACGAAUGCGGGUGGUGCAGCAAUGGAUGCAAUGUCCAACACGUUCAUGAACCCUCAGAUGAGAAACAGAAGAUCUGCGAUGCCCUGCAGACAGGGUGAUGGUUGCACCCAGGGAGGAGGAACAGGAGGCACAGGUAAUCCGGUGGGCCAAAUGAGCAACAUGAUGGGUCAAAUGGCAAACAUGCCUAACCCAAUGGGAACUAUGAUAGAUACUGCUCGUAACAUGAUGGGAUGAACUUUGGAGGUUGGCCACUCGAGCUAGUCGAUGAUACAAUUUUAAGGAUUUAUUUGUAGUUUAUUGAUAUUGUACGAAUAAAUGCAUUAG